AUGAAGGCUGUGCUGUUAUUUUUAUUGGCAACUUGCCUCGGUUUUAGUAAAUGUUUAAGUACAUAUUCAUACUUUACUCCAGAAAAUAAAAAUCAUGCUAAAACAAUAUUACUUCAAGCUGUGGAUGCUAAAGACUUUGCUUCAGUACAUUUUGGAAUUUUAGGACUUAAAUUAUUGGGAGAAAGUAUCCCUAAAAGCAAUGAAUUGUGUAAAUUUUUUUUCGAAGCAGCAAAUGCUCCUGUUUUAAAUGCUGAAAUUCAGUUUUAUAUAGCAACAACUUACAAUGCAUUGGGUAAAUGUCCUCAGGCUUUGCCAGUAAUGAAAAUGGUCAAAGCUUUGAAUUCAGUUAUUGGUGAAAGCACAAAUAUGCAAGAAUUGUAUUAUGCUGUAAAUGCAUUGAAAGCUUUAAAUCAAAAACCUCAAGAUGUUGCAAAGUUGAUUAAAAGCAUGCAAGCAAUUUUGAAGAAAAAUGAUUCUCAUGUGAAUCUAGGAUAUUUAUUUCACAUUGCUUCUAAUUUGGGUAGUGAUGGAGCCUUUGCUUUUGAAAGAAUCGAGGAUGCAGUUGUUCAAGCUGAUGAAGUCGAUUCGAAUUAUUUACAAUUUGAAGGUGGUUUAAGUAUAACUGCUUUAAUUGUUAGAGGUGCCUACAAACUAUCAUCAGUUGUUAAUAAACCUGUACCAUUGACAAAAAAUCAAGUAGUUAAAUUUGCUAAUUACUUUUUGAGUAGAAAAUCGGUUCAAACACCGAAAGGAGUUUGGAGUUUGUUAGAAGCUCUGCAUAUGCUGACUACAAAUAAUCAUUAUCUUCCUGUUGCCGUUACUGUUUCUGGAAGUUCAUCCGUCAGUAAAGAAAAUUCUAAAAUUACCAUCAAAGUGAGUGAUGUUUUAGGUAAUCCUGUAAAACCAUUAAGCGUGAUUGCUGAUUCUGCGACCAGAGUUUCCGAUAAUGUUUCCAUAUUUACAAAAAAAAAAUUUGAACCUACUUCAGACAGUGCAACGAUGAAAUCUCCAGAUUCAAAAACGAUUGAAAAUAUAUCAGCGAAUAUUCCAGUUAAAGUAUUAUGUGCUGCUGAAAUUGAAUUUUUAGAUGUUGGUACUGCCGAUUCCGAUCAAACAACCAUGCCUAAAUUAGAACGAAUUAAAUUUCCAAAUAAAUUGUCGAAACAAAUCGAAGUGGAUGCUCAACAGAAAAUAAUAAUGAAAUUUAAUAUUAAGGAUCAAUCGACUAACAAACUCAUAUCAGUUCAUCAAGUUUUUGUUCGAUUUUACAAUACGGCUAAAGAUAAAAGUUUCAUAUUUGUUGCAGAACCUGAUUCUAGUUUACAGUACAAAUUUGAUUUGGAUAUUGGUGCCAAAGCGGAAGAUUUUGAUCAAAUAUCAGGAUUGUAUGAGUUGGAACUUAUCGUAGGAGAUGCAGUCUUGUCCAAUUCGUUCACUUGGAAACUUGGUUAUGUCAAACUUAGUUUCACUGGAGAGCCAAAAGUAGAUAAAUCUUUGGAUCCAUACAAGCCUAAACCUGAAAUCAAGCAUAUUUUCAGGGAACCGGAAAAACGUCCUGCCAAAUUCGUAUCGAAUUUAUUCAGUGCACUCGUUUGUGCUCCCCUUCUUCUCCUGUUCAUCCUGUGGGGAAGACUCAGAAUAAACGUGUCGAAUUUUCCGUUAACCCUAAGCGCAUUGGGUUUUCAUCUCGGUUUGGGAGCCAUUUUUGGAUUGUUUGGUUUAUUUUGGCUCCAGUUAAACAUGUUUCAAACUAUGAAAUACCUCAUGGUUAUAGGUUUAGUGACUUUCUUGUGUGGCAACAAACUAUUACGAAGGCUCGCAAACGAUAAAAAAUUAGCUCAUAAAUAA